GCAGGAAGGAAGUGGGCCUCCUUAGACCCGCUUUUUCUGUCCCUCUAGGAACCAAACUCACUCCCCUUAACCCUUCCUUGUCCGGCUGCGUGAGGGGAAUUUGUUCCUUUUGGCCUCUCUCUCCUUCUGAGGAAAUGUGAUUGUUGGCUGAGAAUUUUGGAGUAGAUUUCAUUCCUUUGAAAGAAGAGGAAGGGAAAGCAUUUUGCACACGGUUUCGUUCUUCGUGAGGGUGGUUCCAAUAUGGAGACACCCAACUCACCUGUACCUGAAGCAGGCAGGGUCGCUGGGAGCAGUGGAGAAUACUGGGAAAGAACUAUGCAGACAUUCCUGAAUGCCCACAUGCAGUGCCAGCGCUUCAGGCAGUCCUCCUACCGAGAGGGCGAGGGACCCAGGGAGGUUUGCAGUCGCCUCCACGAUCUCUGCCGCCAGUGGCUGAAGCCAGAGCAACACACCAAGGCUGAGAUGCUGGACCUGGUGAUCCUGGAGCAGUUCCUGAGCCUCCUGCCCCCAGAGAUGGGGAGCUGGGUCCGAGAGUGUGGGGCAGAGACCUGUUCCCAGGCGGUGGCCCUGGCGGAAGGCUUCCUCCUGAGUCGGGCAGAGGACAAGAGGCAGGAAGGACAGGCCCAAAAUAACUGCACGGAAGUCCAAUCUAAUGUCCCUGCAUCAGAGAAAUCUCCAUCAAACACCACCCAGAGUCUCAGGCAGAAGAAGCUGAAGCAGGAAGGAGAUGGGGCUGCAGCCUUGGAGGGACUAUACUUGUAACCUCUAAGGCAUGUUUAUGUGAUCGGCUUUCCACACCUUGCUCUCUCUCCCAGGGGCUGGAAUGAUGUUGUCGACAAAUCCCCAGUCGUUUCUUCCCCUUUGUGAUAGAGUGAAACCGAAUCAGGGUCCAAUCGCCUUUGAGGAUGUGGCUGUCCAUUUCUACCUGGACGAGUGGGUUCUUCUGAAUCCUGAUCAGAAAGUCUUGCACAUGCAGAUCAUGGAGGAGAUUCAUGGGAUUAUGGAGUCUCUUGCAGAUAACUGGAAGAAUAGCAGUGUAUUCACCGAAAGCAGGAAGCAUUUUGAACACAAUGGGGGCCUUCGUAGACAACCGCAAAUCCAUAGAAAAGAUGGAUAUUCUUCCAGAGAAAGACCCUACAAAUGCAAUGUAUCUGGGCAAUGUUUUACCCAAACUAAGAUACUCCGUGCUGGGAAAAGUCAUCUUAAAAGGAAAGUAUCAGCAAAACAUGUUGUUGAAUACAAAUUGCCACAUCUGAGCCAACAAGAAAUCUUUGAAGAAACUGAGGAAUUCAUAAGCCAAGAGUGUGGGAAAUCUUUUACCCAGUGUUCACACUUGGUGAAACAUGAGAGAUUUCACACAGAACAGGAAUCUUACCUGUUCCAAGAGUGUGGGAAAUGUUUUGCUUACAGUUCAAAAUCGAUGAGGCACAAAAACCUUCACACAAGAAAUAAAGAGUACAGGUGCCAGAAGUGUGGAAAAUGUUUUACUCAGAACACACACCUUAUAGACCACUGGAGAUCCCACACAGGAGGGAAGUCAUACCAAUGCCAGGAGUGUGGGAAAUAUUUUCCUUACCGUUCAAACUUGGUGAGACACAAAAUACUCCACACAGGAGAGAAGCCAUACAAAUGCCAGGAGUGUGGGAAAUGUUUUGCUCGCAAUUCAGACUUGGUGAGGCACAAAAGACUCCACACAGGAGAGAAGCCAUACAAAUGCCAAGAUUGUGGGAAAUGUUUUGCUCACAGUUCAGCCUUGGUGAGGCACAAAAGACUCCACACAGGAGAGAAGCCAUACCAAUGCUAUGAGUGUGGGAAAUGUUUUGCUGAUAGUUCAGACUUGGCAAGCCACAAAAGAUUCCACACAGGAGAGAAGCCGUACCACUGCCAGGAAUGUGGGAAGUGUUUUUCUGACAGUUCAGGCUUGGUGAAACACAAAAGACUCCACACAGGAGAGAAGCCAUACCAAUGCCAGGAGUGUGGGAAAUGUUUUGCUGACAGUUCAUCCUUGGUGAGGCAUAAAAGAGUCCACACAGGAGAGAAGCCAUACCAAUGCCAGGAGUGUGGAGAAUGUUUUGGUCGCAAUUCAACCUUAGUGAGGCACAAAAGACUCCACACAAGACAAAAGCCAUAGAAAUGCCAGAAGUUUGGGAAAUCUUUUGCUUUCCCCACAUGCUUAGAGAACCACAAAAAACUACAUACAGGAAAGAAAGGGUAAAAGUGCCAGCAGUAUGGGAAAUGCUUUACUCAGACUUCAUCCCUUAACAGUCAGCGGAAAUUUACACAGGCUAAAAACCAUACAGAUGCCAGGCAUGUGGGAAAUGUUUUGUAUGUUUCAUAUAUUUUGUACUAUCACAGAAUACAUACAGGAGAGACAUCACCCAAAGAGCUGGGACAAAAUUAAUAAAAUGUGUUUCAACAGGGA